AUGACGAGCAACAGCAGCCUGAAUCCUUUUUACUUUCAGCUCACUCUGUUUGCAGACUAUGGGCCCCUCAGAUAUCUGUUUUUCAGUCUGUGUCUGUUGGUCUACAUGACUAUAAUCUCUGCUAACAUUGUCAUUAUUGUCACAGUCUGUCUACACAAGUCUCUGCAUCAGCCCAUGUUCAUUUUCAUCUGCAGUCUGUCUUGUAACUCUCUGUACGGCUCAGCCGGCUUCUUCCCCAGGUUUCUGAUGGACAUUCUGUCUGACACUCAUUUGAUCUCACGUCCAUUUUGUUUCAUUCAGUUACAUGUUAUUUACAGCUAUGCAGCAUGUGAGCCGAUGAUUCUCGGCGUCAUGGCCUAUGACAGAUUUGUGGCUAUUUGCCAGCCCUUACACUAUCACAGUAAAAUGACCUUUAGGACGGUGACAUAUCUUGUCCUUUUUGCCGUGCUCUAUCCUGCAUUUGCUGUUGGCUUCUGUGUCUAUCUUACUGUACGACUGCCUCUGUGUGGAGAUAAAGUGCACAGGCUAUUCUGCUCUGUGGUGCAGCUCUCCUGUGUGGACAUAACUAUGAACCGUGUAGUAGGAACUGUGUUUAACAUAACGACUUCUGUCAUCCCCUUGUUCUUUAUCCUGUUCACGUACCUGCGCAUCCUGCUUGUUUGCAGGAGAAGCUCGUCUGAGUUCAGAGGAAAGGCGUUACACACCUGCCUGCCUCACAUAGUCUCAUUUAUAAACUAUUUUUUCUCUUUAUUCUUUGAGCUUUUGCUGAGUCGUUUUGGGAUUAAUGUGAACCCCGUUGUUGUUGCUGUAUUAUCUAUGGAGCUUGUCAUCAUUCCCCCCAUUAAUGACCCUCUAAUCUACGGCCUGAGUCUACCUCAGAUCAGAAAUGUGAUUUUCAGAUUUCUUAAGAUACACAAAACGAUUCCUGCUGCAUAA